UAACAUUACUGCUUGUAAUAAAAUUUCAGCUUUUGUUUCAGAUUGAAUGUUUGAAACAAACUUUUUGAGAAUUAAGUGUCUUAGCUGAGUGUCUGAAACAUGGAAGCCAAGCGAGUAAAGAGGGAUGUUAAAGCUUUGCUUGGUGAAUAUGUUGGACAAAGACUUAGAGAAAAUGGUUUUGAUCCAAAGGGGAAAGGCACCGCUACCAUGUUGGAUGAACUGGCUCAUUAUGACUUGGCUAUAAGUAUGGCUUUGUGGCGGCUCAAUAAAGAUAAAGGGAAGACUGCAGUAAAGAAUGACAUUAUAGGAAUUGGUAGUCCAUGUCAUAGCCACUACCCUAAUCACCUGGAAAGAGAGGCGAUGAUUCUUUCAUCCUUUGCAGGAAUGUUGCUGAACAGUUUACCUAUACAAGACAUUCUUUCUCUGUACAACUGCAAGCCAUCUGCUUCUUACUCUUAUAACCACAAUAAGCAGGGCAAUAUUGUUCACCCAUUCUCCCUGUCCUAUCAUCCAUUUGCAAUGCUUAGUUCGUUCAAAGCGGUGGAGCACUCCAGACAACACACCUUGAUGCUGAAUCGUCGGAUGAAGGAACAGAAUAAACAGAAGACAGAAACAGACACUCUGUUGUCGCCCUCCACCUCAUCCUCUUCUAGCUCCUCUUUUAGUGACAGUGAAGAUUCUUUACAACCUUAUGAGGGCUCUCAAGAAUCUCUGCAGGAUUGAAGACAUGUUUGUUUUGACUAUGUAUUCAUAGCUUAUGAAUAUGUCCAGUAUAGGCUUUUAUCACUUUUGUCAAAAGUUUUCUUUUCCUAAGCUGUGUGUAAGACCAGAUGACAUAAAAAUUAGUUUUAUUGUAUAAAGAUUUAGCAAUUCACUCUUUUCGUAAUUUGUGUCAUAUAGCCAUAUCCAAAUAAUAAAAGGUGUGCAAGAAUUUAUUUUGCCCACAAGCAUUCUCACUAAAAAGUGUUUGAGAAAAAAAUGUUUAACGUGAAUGUUUAAGUUCUUGAGCAGUUAAACACAGUAUGUCAUUUGUUGAGUUUUAUACAUUUAAUGUUGAUAGCAAUAGUUUUUAAACAAAAUAAUCUUGUUAUUGUAUAAAUCAAAACACAAGAGUGCAUUUGAGGUUAGGUUUUUGCCAGCUAGGAAUUUUGAUUUGAUGAAUCAGGGCUUUUAAAUGUAUAGAUGGGAUUAGGAGGUUGGCAGCAGCAUUAAAGUUCCAAAUUCCAGUCACUGAGAUGACAAAUAAACUUUGAUCCACCACAUGCUGAUGAAGGUUUAUAAAGCAGACUCCAUGACCACAUGGUUUCUUUGAUUGUAUAUCUGGUUUAUGGCUGUUUUCUGGUGUUCCUAUCAAAAAUAGCUAAAUAAAUGUAAUUAAAUGAAA